AUGACAUGCGACAAAAAAAUCAACGUUACUAUAGCCGACGAGACUCUCCGUUGCAUUGACUUUGGCGGCCACACUGUUGACCCCAGAUACAUGCGCUCCAAGCUCAGGGAAGCGACAGAUGGCGCUCAAUAUUACCCCCAAUCCUCACUUUCUGAUUGGCAGACCAGCACUGCCAAACUCCUCCUCAGACAAUGGUCUACGCUGGAAGCAGUGGAGAAGUUGCAUCUUGACCCGGAGGUCUCGACGACGAAGAGGAUAGGCGUCCUCAAUUUCGCCCAUCCCACCUCACCCGGUGGCGAGUUUCGUCUUGGUUCCGAGGGACAGGAGGAAUCCCUUGCUAGAUCGUCUACUCUCUACCGCACUCUCACUACCCAUCAUACCAGAGAGUACUACGAACAACCUGGAAGCUCGGAUGGGUUCGCUACACACGCCAUGAUCUACUCCCCUUCCGUCAUCGUCUUCCGUAGGGAUAACGGAGACUGGAUCAAACCCCUCGAGGUGGACGUCCUGUCGUGUUCUCCCGUCGAUGCGACAAAGGCGCGGAAAGCUUGGAAGGGGUCUAUGCGAACGCUCCGGGAAGAAAUUAAGAAGAAAAUGAGAGAGCGUAUGGGUCAUAUUCUCGCCCUUUUCGAGAGGAAGCGGGUUAGGUAUCUGAUAUUGGGGAGCUUUGGCGCGAGCGUCGGGAAUGAUGUUGGGAUGGUGGCAGACAUUUGGGCGGACUUGCUCACUCGAGAGAGUGCGAGGUUUGGGCACUCGUUUGAACAGGUGGUUUUUGCCGUCCCAGAUAAAGACGAGUAUGGGAAGUUCCUAUCGGCCUCUAAGAGUUUCAAGGAAUAG